UUUUUGUUUUGGAAAAACUGGAAAAGCUGAAAAUGACGCAGAGGAGUGACAGUCAUUGUGCUGAAGGCUGCUUUGGUGACUGCACUGCCUGAUCUUCACAGACGACAGUGUUGGUUCGCUGGUGCACAGCAGUAAAAUGGAGGACUCUGAGCCACUGCUGGCCACAAGGUCAGAGGAGAGGAGGCUUAACGGACACUGCAGAUGCGGCACUCACACUCUGUCGAAGAUGGUGGAGGACUUCAGACGAAGGCUCAAGUACUUCUUCAUGAACCCCUGUGAGAAAUACAGAGCCAGGGGUCGCAAACCAUGGAAACUGAUGAUACAAAUAUUAAAAAUUGCGAUCAUCACAGUCCAGUUAGUCUCCUUUGGCCUGAGCAACGAAAUGAUGGUCACUUUCAAAGAAGAUAAUCUGAUGACAUUCAAACAUCUGUUUCUAAAAGGAUACAAGGAUCACCGGCUGGGAAGCUAUGCGCUGUACACAAAAGCAGACGUAUAUGAUCACAUCUACUACAUUAUGGACAGGUACAUCAAUCUCCCAAACCUGACAGUAGGUAACCUUGCAUACGAGUGGGCUGGUGGAAAGUACACGCCCCUGUCUGUCUGUCAAGAGUUUUACAGAAACAGCAGCAUCGAUCCUGAAAAUGAGACCCUUCAUAUUGAUCCCCAUAUUGAUAAAGAUUGUAUUUUCAUAAAUCCUGUGCAGUCGUUCGACAACAGCAGUUUGAACUUCUCUAUAGAUUUCAAAAGGCUGCUAUCAGUGAACAUCUACCUUACUCUGAAAACCAUCAAUCUUCAGACUGUGCGGCACCACGAGCUACCAGACUGUUAUGACUUCCAUGUGAUGAUCAUGUUUGACAAUCGUGCACACAGUGGAAAGAUAAAGGUUGAUGUUAAAAAUGACGCAAGAAUUUAUGAAUGCAGAGACUGGAAGGUGGAAGGUAUUUAAACUGAUAAGAACGAUUACCUCCUCUUGUUGUUUGACUCUGUGGUCAUCCUUGCCUGCUUCACCUCUCUCAUCCUUUGCACGCGAUCCAUCAUCAAUGGAAUCCAACUCCAGUUUGAAUUCAACACAUUCUUCCACGCCUACUACAAUAAAAUAGUUACUUGGUCAGACCGCAUGGAGUUUGUGAAUGGCUGGUAUAUCCUGAUCAUUGUGAGCGACACACUGACCAUCGCUGGGUCAGCGCUCAAAAUUGGAAUACAAAAAAAGUACCUGACAGACUAUGAUGUCUGCAGUAUCUUGCUGGGAACAGCCACAAUGCUUGUCUGGGUCGGUGUACUUCGUUACCUUGGUUUCUUCAAGAAAUACAACAUAUUAAUCUUAACCCUAAGGGCAGCAUUCCCAAAUGUGAUCCGAUUCUGCUGUUGUGCGGCCAUGAUCUACUUCGGGUACUGUUUCUGUGGUUGGAUCGUCCUCGGGCCUUACCAUGACAAAUUCCGAACGCUCGACAAGGUGACAGAGUGUCUCUUCUCUCUCAUCAACGGGGACGACAUGUACGCCACCUUCCUGCAGAUGAGAGACAAAGGCUACAUGGUGUGGCUUUUCAGCAGACUUUACCUCUACUCCUUCAUCUCCCUCUUCAUCUACAUGGUGCUCAGCCUGUUCAUCGCUGUGAUUACUGACACCUAUGAGACCAUCAAGCAUCACCAGAAAGACAAGGCGCCCGUGUCCCAGCUUCAGGCCUUCAUAGCUGAGUGCAGGGACCAGCCAGAGUCUGGAAGAUACCAGACUGAUGAAGAGCCAGUUUCCCGCUGCCUCUCUCCGUGCUGCUGCUUUUAAUGACAUGAGAAGAUGUGUCUUUUACCUUUGCCAAGUGCGGACAAAGAGCUGACAUAUGAUGAA